AUGUCUACACCACAGGUUAAUAGAACCGUAGCCCCAACUGAAAACAUAACUUAUUACCACGCAACACCAUGCAAUGAUAAAACAAUGUCAGGUCCAAUUGUUACGGUAAUUAUAAUUGGCAUUUGCAUUAUUCUUGUUGGAAUUAUUGCAGCUGUAAUAGCUUAUAUUUGCAAGAAGCACAUUUCAAAUCAAAAAUCCGAAUCAACUCCUUCCAGCCACAGGUUAGAGCAAUUUACCACUCCGAUGCUGAGUGAUUAA